CAAAUAAAGAUUUUAUGAGUGGUACAGUUUUAUCUUGUUAUCUCCAUAGAAUUUUGUUUCUGCUAAUUUUCAUUUCAUAUCUGCUAGACUGAAAUGGAGGGAGUUUUGAAGAAGCAGUUAUUCAACAAUGGAGUACAACUUCACUCCGCUAACUUCAAUGAAUCAUCAAGACAUUUCACUCGACCCUGGUUUUCUCGGACAAGCCUAGCUAGUAGGCCUGGAAGCAAUAUGUACUCGGAAUUUCGUAAUGGACUGCUAAAGAAAACAUCAAGGUGGAGCAAGCAUCAGGUCUGCGCAGGUAGGCGGAGAAGGGCAUAUUUACAAUCUGAAACUUAUGUUUUAAUUGAACCUGGCAAGGACGAGGAGUUUGUCUCUGAAGACGAGUUGAAAAUUAGGUUAAAAGGUUGGCUGGAAAACUGGACUCGGAACUCUUUGCCUCGAGACCUUGCAAAGUUCAAAACUCUAGAUGAUGCUGUUUCACACCUAGUAAAGUCCGUAUGUGAACUUGAGCUUGAUGGUGAAGUUGGUUCAGUUCAAUGGUAUCAAGUUCGAUUGGAGUGAUGCUGCUUUCAAGUGAAUUACUCUGCAGCGUGAAUACUAAGUGCUACUCAUGCAUUUUAUUUUUUUUAGCUUAUCAAAAUGGGCAUAGGCAGAAUUUAUAGUUGUAGGUUUAGCAGAACAAAUCGAAAAAUGUACUAAAUUUGUAAGAAAAAUAUGAAACAGUUGAACUAAAGAACA